CGGCGGCGGGGCGGCGGCGGGAGCGCGCCCGCGGGGACGGGGACGGCGGCGGAGCGGCGGAGCCGCCUCGGCAGCAUGAGCGGCGCGGUGCUGCGGCGCCACUGCAGCAAGCAGGGCUUGCAAAACCUCCUGCGGCUGACGGCACAGUGGAGCGUGGAGGAUGAGGAGGAAGCGGCGAGAGAGCGGCGCCGGCGGGAGCGGGAGAAACAGCUGAGGUCCCAGGCCGAAGAGGGCUUGAACGAUGCCAGCUCCUGCUCAGAGAGUGGCCUUCCAGCACAGGAAAACCACUAUGACUUUAAGCCCUCUGAAACUUCGGAGCUGGACGAAGAUGAGGGGUUCAGUGACUGGUCCCAGAAACUUGAGCAGCGCAAACAGAGGUCUCCGCAACAGUCAUAUGAGGAAGAGGACGGUGGUGUGAGGGAAGCUGCUGCCAAACUGGAGCAGAUCCAGCUGGACCAGGAAAGCCCAGAGGAGAUCCGAGAAGAGAAUAUGAUGAUGAGGGAGGAAGAGAGGCUGUGCUGUGAAGAAGAUGAUGUCCGAGAGCAACAGGAGGAGGACAGAGCUGAGCAAGAGGAAAAGAAGAGAAGGAGAAAUGAAGAGGAGGAAAUGCCAGAAAAACGCCAGAAAGCUCCAAGCCCUGCCAGCCUGGAGGAGGAGGAGCUGUACUCUGACCACACUGCCAUGUGCUCCACUAAGAUCACGGACAGAACUGAAUCACUGAACCGCUCAAUAAAGAAAAGUAAUAGCAUAAAGAAGACUCAGCCUCCCCUUCCUGUAUCGAAGAUAGAUGAUAGACUGGAGCAAUACACGCAGGCCAUUGAGACAUCCACAAAGGCUCCAAAACCCAUCCGACAACCAUCCCUUGACAUUCCCACCACAAGCAUGAUGGUAGCCAGCACAAAAAGCCUCUGGGAGACUGGAGAGGUUGCAGCUCAGUCCUCUGUGAAGUCACCAGCCUGUAAGGAUAUUGUGGCUGGAGACAUCGUGAGCAAAAGAAGCCUUUGGGAACGGAAGGGUAAUCCCAAACCUGAGACCAAUAUCAAGUCCACUCCUGGGAAAAAGUAUAAGUUUGUUGCAACAGGCCAUGGCCAGUACAAGAAAGUGCUGAUAGAUGAUGCGACAGAGCAAUAACGUGCCUGGAGAACCCAUUAACCAGCUGAACUUGGUCCUGGCCCGAUGCAACCCUCAAUGUCAAUAUAUUCCUCUGCUCCAAGGAAGAUACUCAAAAGAUGUUUCUCUUCUCCUCCUGCCUGAAGUCAGUCUGCUUCAGUACAACCUCUGUCCUCUCUGGGUGUGAGCAAUACUCUAUGCUGUCUCCAGUCAGGUGAAAGAAACCAAAUCAGCUGGCAAAAAUGAUCCCUAUUUUAACCUUCUAAGUGACUCUGGCUAUUUUUUUUUUUUAAUCUGGCUCUGCUCUGGAGAUGAAAAGCUGUGGCUCUUCUCCCUCUCUCUAUCAAGUGCUUGAAGAGAAGAAUCUACUGAUCUGCCCAGCUGGCAGGUAUUUUGCUACAAAAUGAAGAAUUUCUAAUGGAUGGUAGGGAAGAGGAAGCUGAAUAGAAACCAAGUAAAAGAAUCAAUGUUUGAAAAGAGAGCAAUGGGCAGAUCUUGAAUGUCAGGAGACUGCAAGGAUCUUUUAUCACUACCACUUGUAUCAGCUGUGGUUAAAUUCUUCCCCUGUUUGCAGUAUAGCUUCUUUCCCUCUACAACAUCUGCUCUGAGGGACACAUCUACCGGUCUAUCUGCAUGCACAUCAAAGCCAAAUAACCUUUAAACUGGUCCUGUUUUAUUCUUUAGUUUCCAGAUCACCAGUUUAAUCACAGCUGAGUACCCAUGCCAAAAUAUUCCCGCCACUCUUCCAUCUCAACAGUGACCAUAGAAGUUUAGUUUCAGAGAGCUGCUGCCUUCCUCUCCCUAUUAAACAGGAACGUGGGCCUGAGGCUUCCUCUUCCAGGUGAGGAGUGUUAAUUACUGGCACUAUCUCCCUUCUCUGCGAAGGGAUUUGCUUUUCUCUGUACCUGGGCUCCACUGCAAGGAGUUGAAACACUUAUUUCUGAAUGUCAGACAGGUGUGUUGAUAACAUGCAAAUUAUGCUCCUGGAGGGGGUCUAGAUAUCUGAGAAAUGAAUAGAAUUUCCUUAUGCUGGAAGCUCCCUAGAUGAAAAGGCAUCUUAUUGUGUUGUUGGGGGAGGUCAGGGCUCGCUGUGAACAGCGGGAAGCCAACCCCCUGAAGAUAGGCACUCUGAUUUCCAGGCUUUGGGCCACACUUCUGUAAACCAGCUCCUGGGGCUGUUCUUGAACUCUCCUGUGUCUUGACACAUGUCAUUAGCAUGUUCCCAAUUUCCUGUUUAAAAUCUGUUCAUGUCCUCUUCCUGUGAAGACUGUCAACAUAAAUUUGCAACUUGUUUCUGUCCUCCUAGGGGGAGAGCAGCUUCUCUCUCCUCCUGCAACAAUUUGCUUCUUGCUUAAAUUUACUGUGUCCUGAAUAUUUUUUUUGUAAGCAUUUAAUAAAAUUUGAGGAAGAUGUUGUAA